CAAGAGUCAACAUUGCAAAAGAGUUCAGUUAAAGCUCAACUGCUCCUGACCGGUACGCACACAUUGCAGACUUUCUUUUUGCUUUGCUUGAUUUUAUUCUGAUUUUCUGCAAUGUCUAAAGGAGAGAAACAAACAAAUUACCAAGUGCUGGAAAACUACAUCGGAGGGAAAUUUGUACCAUGCACCAAGCAUAUAGACUCAUUCGACCCAUCAACUGGAGAGGUUUAUUGCAAAGUACCAGACAGUGGACCACAAGAGGUGGAUGCCGCGGUGAGAGCAGCCAAAGAAGCCUUUCCUGAAUGGUCAGCAAAGAGUCCAGAGGAGAGAUCUAAAGUGUUGAAUAAACUGGCAGACCUGAUAGAGGCUCGGCUGGAGGAGUUUGUGCAGGCUGAGUCUAAAGACCAGGGAAAGACUGUAACUUUUGCUCGAAAUGUGGACAUUCCACGAUCAGCGUACAACUUCCGUUUCUUCGCAUCGUCUGUUUUGCAUCACCUUACUGAAUGCAGUCAGAUGGAUCACAUGGGUUGUGUCCUUUACACAAUACGCUGUCCUGUAGGAGUGGCUGGUCUUAUAAGUCCAUGGAAUCUGCCACUGUAUCUCCUGACCUGGAAAAUUGCCCCGGCUGUUGCCACAGGCAACACAGUGGUGGCGAAACCCAGUGAAAUGACCUCAGUCACUGCUUGGAUGAUGUGUCAGCUUUUGGAGGAAGCUGGCUUUCCACCUGGAGUGGUUAACAUUGUGUUUGGCACCGGUCCACGUGCAGGGGAUGCUUUGGUGUCCCACCCUGAUGUUCCACUCAUUUCGUUCACGGGGAGCACGGCUACAGCAAGACUGAUAACCGAGCGUAGUGCACCAUAUUGUAAGAAACUUUCUUUGGAGCUUGGUGGAAAAAAUCCUGCAAUUAUAUUUGCGGAUGCUGACAUGGAGCAAUGCAUCAGCAAUACUGUCCGAUCCAGCUUCUCCAAUCAGGGAGAGAUCUGUCUCUGUACCAGCAGAAUCUUUGUUGAACGGAGUAUAUAUCCAGAAUUUCUUGCACGCUUUGUGGAGGCAGUUCAUCAGUGGAAAACUGGAGUGCCCACUGAUCCCUCCAACAACAAUGGUGCCCUCAUCAGCAAAGAGCACUUGGAGAAGGUCAGACGUUAUGUUGCUUUAGCGCUGGCUGAGGGUGCUCAGGUGCAUUGUGGGGAGGGUGUGGACAAACUUAACCUUCCUCAGCGAAAUGCGGGUGGCUAUUUUAUGCUGCCCACCGUCAUCUCUGGGGUUUCAGAUACGUCCGCCUUGAUGCAGGAAGAGAUAUUUGGACCCGUUACCUGCGUGACACCCUUCGAUAAAGAAGAGGAAGUGAUAUCACGAGCCAACGCUGUACGCUAUGGCUUAUCCGCCGCAGUUUGGUCCCGAGAUGUGGGGCGCGUGCACAGGGUUGCUAGGAAACUGCAGGCUGGCUUAGUGUGGACCAACUGCUGGCUGAUCAGAGAUUUAAAUCUUCCGUUUGGGGGCAUGAAAAGCUCUGGGGUUGGUAGAGAAGGGGGCAAAGAUUCAUACCACUUCUUUACAGAAGUUAAAACGAUCACUAUCAAACACUAAGCUUGGCCUUUAGAUGCUGUGUUAGGGAGAGUGAGUCACUAAGUGAAUCAUGUGUUAUUGCAAACCUGUUUAGAAAUUAUAUAGAGGAGGCAAUCAGAUUAACCUUUGUCUUGUAUGGUUGUAAAUAAAGUUCAAAAUCACAAAAUUUAAGUGACUUAAGCACUUGCACCUGCAUGUGGGUCAUUUUGUCCUAGAUUGUCAUAUCUCAUUUAAAGACACUGUAGUAAAAUAGGUUGCCUCUACAUGCCUUUGUAUUAUUACAUUCUUUAAAAGAAAUAAAAAUAGACACAAAAGAUACAAUUGUUGACAACUAAUAUAGAGCACACAUUAUAUAAAUAUCCGAUUAUGACAAACAUUAAUUUUUUAAUUAAACAUUUAAGCCAUUUUUGUAGCCAAACAGUUUUUGGGCACCAUUGACUUCCAUAGCAUUUUUUCUGGAAGUCAAUGGUGCUCCUGCUUCCUGCUUGAUUAUUUAGGAGAUCUUGUUUUUUUUCUCUGGGACACCAUAUGGGUACAAUGAGAUUGGGGCAUCAGACUCUUGCAUGCUACCCUCCUACAGAUGGGUGCAUAUUAAUUUGCCGUUACCAAGAAUUAGCCGAGUGUCAGUUGAUGUGGGAAGUGAUCUGACACAUCAUAACACACACAUACAUGUGUACUUCUUAGCCAUGACUGUGCUUCACAAACACUGUGCUUUAGAAGGUUACAAAUGAAUCACAACCAACUUGUUAGACAUCAUUAGGAUAAAACCGACCUUUGAGAUUCAGGUGAAAUGUCUUUAGCAAGUUAAAUGAUUUUAGCUCUUAAACUUUAAAAAAUAGACAACAAAAAAACAUGUCAUGGUAAAACAACUGUUGUGGUUAUAUAGUUGAGUACACUUUUCAUAGUUUGUGCAAUCCUUUUUGUUAUGAAAGAUACAAUCUUCACAAUACGAUUAGUAAAACUGUGUUAUGUUUGUAUUUAGUACAGCCCUAGGGAAGUUGCAUAACAGAUAUUUGCAUAUAUUCCACAGGACAAAACUUCAUUAUGCACAACCUCACAAAAGGCUACAAACAGGUUUUGCUUAAGAAAGCAAAACGCAAUAUAAAAAACUUUGGUGGUGAUAUUGUGUGUUCAGUUAGAAUUCUGAUAUUAUUUGUUUUGUGGCAAUCUGAAAUAAUAUGAAUAAUAAAAAAUGCACUUUGUAGUAUGC